GCGUUACGAUGUAAACAAACCACUUAGACGAAGCGUUUAAUGGGGAUUACAGGCUGAUUUUUUUUUAAGUUUUUCAUUUUUACCGAGCAGAAAGGUAAGCCGAUGGUCCAUCAACUUUUACUCACGAUUUGUUGUUUACACGAUACACAUAAUUGACAUGUUAUUGAUAUUGAUAUCUAAAAAAAUCAGUUUCAACUUUCAGGCUUCAGCUCGUACAAAGUUACACAACAAAGAAACUCUGUCGUAACUUGUAAGAUAAGCAAUUAGUCUACACAAUACACAUUGAAAUUCUAGUCAUGUUUGGGUCCAUUAUUAUACAAAAUUUGGAUAUAGCAGGGACACUUUUCCCUUUGAGGCUGUCUAAUUUUCAAAAGCUCCUCAUGCUCAUGCCUUCUGCCUCGUUGGGUGACGCCCGGCCGUUUUGCCAUGUAAAUAAGGUUAAGAAAGCGUCUUGAUGUUUUUCAUUUUAUGUGAUAUAAUUUAUACAAUUUCAGCAACAUUGGCUGAUGCCUGGGUAAAGGGGGAAUUCCUCAUUCAUUCAUAACUCAAUCUAUCAGCACUUGUAGGUUGGAAAUGUUUAUUUAUUUAAGCCAACAAGUGCAAUGGAAUCAUAUUUUGUUCUACAAUUUUGCUGUCCUCAAGAUAGUGCCUCAGGUUAAAUUGGUUUGAUUAUUGAAUUUGAUUUAUUUAUUAUAUUUCAUGAAAGUGUCUUGAUAUAAUUGAAUUUGACAAAUAUUUGGCAAGAUCCUCAGGUUUGGGCAUAUUUCCUAAAUCAGGCAGACAGUAGAUGAUUUUUUUGUAUAUCCAUCCUUUUUUCAAGUCCUCAUGUAUGGUGCACAGUGCACACUUGUUGAAAAGGAUUGACAUCAGGUUGCAGUUUUGUGACUUGUGCUUAGGUACUGAAGUUAAUUCUUGUCCUUUGUCUAGUCAACUCAUGUAGGUAUCUGUCUAUCUAUGAAUAAAUAUUUCCACGUUGUCCUCCCUGGCUCCACCCUCCCCCCAUGAUAUGCUAUUAUAAGUUGAUAAGGCAAAAAAUGUUUAUUUUCAUUAAUAAACAUAGCAUUGUCUGCAGCAUCAGACUUUAAUGCAUAGGUUUGAUCGAGCGCAUCCAGUCGCAAACAUCGACCUAAAUGGUAAGCGAUUCUCAACUGCAUUGGGAUCAACAAAUUACAUGUGGUUCACUGUAACCCUAUUUCCCAUUCACCCAAGGGAACCCGUAGGCCGUAGCCCGUCCAGCGUUUGUCCCCUUUGCGCUGUGCCGCGGCGCGCGGCGGUCGCCCCGUCCGCCGCCGCCGGUACCGACGCGCCGUCUAUUUCUGUCACCGGGCGCCGGGCCGGGCACCGGGCCGCCAGCGGCCGCACCGCGCCGCCCCCGGCAGUCGGCGCCGCCCCGGCUGUGUCGCGAGCCGCGCGGAGAGCGCACUGUGUCGACCCGACCUGACCCGACCCGACCCGACCUGACCCGCCCGGAGAGGCGCCGCCAUGGCCGCCGCCGCCUGUGAGCGCGUCAAGUCCGGCAACUGGCUCGGCAGGCACAAGCGGUGCUCGUCGGAGCCUGCUGGAGACGAUUCAGCGGACAUCGCCCCCUCGGCCGCGUCAGAGAGGGGCUCCACGCCGACGUUCCAGGCGGCCGCUCGGAGUAUCAGUCAGGAGCUGGUCCGAGAGCGCGACCAGAGCCUGACCGAACGGUGGACAGACUCGCUGCGCAAGUCGCGCGAUCGGCUCCGCAAACGGUUCUCGCUGAAGGACGAGCGUCGCCCGGCCAGUGAGCCUGCUGGGGGUGCUGCCGCAGAGGAGGACGACCCGUCGCCGCCGCUACCAGUGGGGUCCGAUGGUCAGGAGCGCAGGAGCCGUCGCGAUGGCGCCAAACGGGCCGAUGUCUUUCUGCAGCCGGUACGCCGAUUUGGAAAGGUAGCCAGCCGCAGCGCCGUCGGCAAGCCGGUGGUGCGAUUCGCCAAGACCUGCCGGCGCGACGUGCCGAAGCCCUAUCGGUUCAUCAGAGACAAGCUGCGCUCGAGGAGCUCGGAGCCGCAGCGGCUGAGAUCGGACAGUCCGCGGCCGCGCUCCCUCUCACCAUCCAACGGCGGGAGCAACAACGAGGACGAGAUCGUGUUCGCGUUCGGCACGGCCAAGGAGCAGGAGGAGCACAUCUACGACCCGGUCGGAGAGCCGCCUGAAGUCGACCGGACGAUCCGAGACGCGGACGACGAGGACGACGCCGACGACGUAUCGCCGGUAGUGGAGGAGCCGGAGGACGACUUUUCACGUUUCUCGCGUUUUAGUAAGACGCAGUACGAGCAGGAACCGGCCAGGAAGACGGAGUCGGCGCGCUCAGAGCCCGAGCAGAGUUCCCGUACUCCUACCCCGUGUCUGAAAGAUACCUCAGAUAGCGGCCGUAACAGCCGGCCGGGAUCACGUUCAUCGAGAACAGAGGACUUUCCCAAGUCGGUCCGCUUCGGCAAGAAGCGCGUCUCGGACGGUUCUGACAGCGUGGGCGUGCGCUUCAAGCCGCUGUCGACCUCCUCCAGUCAGGACGAGGACGUGGGCAGCUACCACGGCCUCCAGCGCGUCAGAGUUCAGCUGAAGGACGACGCCACCGGACUCAACAUCGUCAGCAAGAUCGCCCAGCAGCAGCCGCAGCAGCAGACGCCGCCUCAGCCGGACGUGGUAGCCCUGCCGCCGAUCGAGAUCCGUCAGCUGGACGAGCCACCGCGCGUGCUGAGACCCCGAUCGAACCAGUCAACACCCGAGAGUCCUGUGUCGUCGGACACAACGCCUGUGUUCACACCAGUAGAGACAACACCACCAGUCUCAGCAUCUACACCAUCCGAGCCGGCCAGAGGAAAGAAGCAGAGAGCACUACCGUCCUGGGCCUCGUCGAGCAAACCGGCGCCUGCUGUAGUGCCUAACGACCCGCCCCCUCCGCCGCCGCCGGCCGCUGUAGCCGGACCGAGCGUCACACCGGUGCGCGCUGCUGUGACUGUCGAGACGACUGUGGUCUCUUACGAGGAGCCGGAGCCAGAUCCGGAGCCGGAGCAGAUCAGUGAGCCGUCUCCGCCGGAGAUCACACUCACUACCGACUGCCGGCCGCCGCGCCCGCCGCCGCCCGCUCCGGAGACUCUGGAGCGCUGCCGCCGUCCCCUGCAGGCGAUCGAUAACAUCCAGAAAACCGAGCCGAAGACGAAGGAGCCGCCGGCGCCGCGCGAGCCGUACCAGCCUAAGAUCCGUGAGUACGCCGAGAGCCGUCGCGCGCUCACCCUCAAACCGCCGCGUAAGAAGAAGCGGAGUGACGCUACCGAUCCACGCUCGCAGUCUGCUGAUCAGGCGGACCGUGCUGACGAGCGGACGAUCGCCAUCUUCGGCACGGUUACCAGACCCGCUCGCACCAAGCGCCGCGGUGUGUCAGCCUCGGCUGUGGACCGCGCGCCCAUCAGCCGCGAGCCGCCGCCCCGUCCGCCGCCGCCGGCGCCGCGCCGCCCGCCGCGCGGCAGGAGUGGCAGCCGGGGCCGCCGCGCCGCUGUGUCGCUAAACGACGUGCGCUACGCCGACGAGUCUGCCACUGAGGAGUCUGCCGACUACGGCGACGGCCGCAGCUACCGCCGGCUCCUGGACGACGCCGACCAGGGUCCGUACCGUCCGACGCGCUCGCUGACGCGCCCGGCGCGCCGCUCGCUGCCUCAGAGUACCGUCACCGGGCGCCUGGUGGUCGGCGGGGGACAAAUCCGCGUCCAAGGAGACGAGGAGACACCGCCGGCUCGACCCAGCCGCGGCGGCCGCGGGCAGCUCGAGCCGUCCGCGCGCGGACAUAACGACACGUUCGACAGCAUCGGCGAGGGCCCGGACGCUGCGCACGAGACCGUCCAGCGCGCGCCGGGCAGUGUGACCAGCGAGGGGCCGCGCUCGCUGCACUCGUUCCAGCAGGAGGAGCUGGGCAGCGGCGACGAACUGAUGCUGAUAGUACACGACUCAGAGCGCGACGGCCAAGGAGACUCGGGCAGGAGGGAGCCAGAGUUGUGUCUAGUGAGCAGACAGAAGGAGGGGAAGGAGAACCAGCCGGAGGGAGACCGGGAGAGCUCGCCCGAGGUGCAGCUGAGGAAACUGACUCCGGGGAGGCCCGAGUACGCGCACGUGCGGAAGCGCUCUUCGCUGCUGCUGAGAGAGCAGGAGGCGGACUACGACUAUCCUCCGCCGGUGCCGAAGAAGCUCAACGACCUGCGACCGUCGUCUCCGUCCGCGCCGCCGCGCAGGAGACCGGCUAGCCUCUCACCGGGCCGGGCCGGGCUGGACGGAAACACUACCUGGCCAAAGAGGCGCCACACCACCGCCCCGGCGGACUCUGACGUGACGGACGCGCCGGUCGCGCCGCCGCCGCGCACCGUUCGCCGCAAUAAGGUGCGCAGCAGCACCGUACCUAGAGGCUUCAAGGCGAACAGGAGCAUGAGACCCACGCUCUACCACCUGGCCAAGGAGCAGCGAUCGCAGGAGGACGGUGUGGACAUGAAGAACCGGCCGCUGCCGCCGCCACCACCACCGCCGCGCAAGAAACCGUCAGCGUACUCCAACCCGAGCCUGAAUGCUGACUGUGUCGCCACGACUGAAGCACCAGUAGUUGUGCAGAUGCAGACACAAGAGACUGCGCCGGCGCCGCUGCCAGUGGCCGAAACUCCAGUCAAUGAGACCCCGGCCGUAGUCGCGGCCUCGCCCUCGCCUCCGGCCCCGGAGCCGGAGCCUGUUGAGAUGGUCGGUGUCUCCCCGGCCGGUUCUGAUCAGGAGCUCUCCUCCCAGGCCACUGACGCGCCCUCAGAGAUCACCCUGCGCUCCGAGGGCAGCCAGGCGACCCUGACCUCCGGCCGCGACCCCGGCUGUGAGAGCACGGAUGACGAGUUCUUCUCGAUGGCCAGUGAGGCGGACGGCCGCCGUCGCACUCCCACCUCGCCAACCGACAGAGGAAAACAGGACAGCCCGGCUAGCGGCUCAGCCAAGCCGCCGGGACAGCAGCAGCUGGAGAAACACCAGCAGCAGCAGCAGCAGGCCGGCCUGGUGGCCGCCGCGCCGCGGCACGUGCUCGUACCGCACUUCAUCCAGCGUGUGUCCACCUCGGAGAUGGACGCGGCGUCGGCCAACAUCCUCGACCUGACCGCCGGCAGGAUUAAGGUGACCGAGCUGGAGGUGGACCGCAUCUACAUCCGUGAGGGACGGGUCAAGCUCAUCUGCCACGAGGAGGGCAGUGACGACGAGGGCGCCGGCGCGGGCGGCCGCACGGCCCCGCCGCCGCCGUCGCCGGCCGAGCCGCGACUGCCGCCGGCUGACGGGCCGCCAGGCGGCGCCAGCGGCACGGACGGCGGCAGCGGCGGCGGCGGACAGCCGGCCGGGGCGGCCGGCGGGGCCCCGCGCUCCGCCGCCGCCGGCGCGGCCGGAGGGACUGGCGAACCGAGCAGCAGCUCCGACUCGUCGUCUGAGAGCCGCGCGCCCGACCCGGCCCUGCUCCGGGAGCUGGACGCCGUCGAGAACCAGCUGCGGCAGAUCGGGUCGUGUCUGCAGGAGAUUCAGCGCGGCGGCUGCCGCGGCCGGAGCGAGCCGGUGCCGAGCGCGCCGCCGGCCGCCGGCCGACACUUCAUCCCGCGCCGGGACGGUGACUCAGACGACUCGGCCGCAAAGCGGAAGAGCGCCGAAUGCGAGGACGCCAGUCCGCCGCGCUCGCCGGUCGCUGCCGGGCCGUCCGUGCACGCGCGCCUCGAGGGCAUAAAAACAGCACUUGAGCAAGUGAUAUCGCCCGAGCGACAGGCGCUGUCGGCGUCGGCCAUACAGUCUGGCGCCGCCCCUGCCGCCGGCGACACAGACGGCCGGGCCCCCGCGCCGGCCGCGCAGUGCGCGCCCGACAACGACUCGGAGUGUAUCUACGGCAUACCGGCCGAGGUUGCCGACGCGCCGGGCCGGCGAGUGCGUCUCAGUCAGCUGUUCACGUUCAGCUCGUUCGGCAAGGGCCUGCGCCGGCGCUCGGGCGCGCGCAAGGAGCGCAGAGCGCACAGCCAGUUUUACGUGGAUCUCGACCGUUCGGACUCGGACAGCAGCGGUCUCGAGCAGCACCCUCGGCCGCACAGUGACCCGUCUCUCGACUCGUCCUCAUCGGGCAGUGGAACUCGCAGCUCCUCAGAGACAGUCGUCAUGGGCGGCACGACCAGCCAGCCGGAGAGGCGCGUCAUUCCCAAACAUCAGCUGGUCAAACAUCAGCCGGCUGACGGCUGCUUGCAGUACGCCCGGGUCAUACAGGAGUUCAGCAGCAACCUGCAGAACCUGUGCAGACAGGUGCCCAACGGGAACACCAUCGGCGGCACGGGCGGAGGCACGUCAGACGAGGCGCCCGACCCGGACCCGGCCACCGAGCCGCCGCCGCCGGCCGCGGAGAACUCCGACUCGGACUCGGAGUCAGAGACUCUGCACACGGCGUGCGACCAGCCGCCGCCCUCGCCGGACGCCAGCCGAUCGUUCCUCGUGGCGAAAGAGAUGAUGACCUCGGAAGAGACGUUCGUCGACGCGCUGCGUCUGCUGAACGAGGACUUUCGCGCGGCGGCGCUAUCCGUUCCGCCUGACGCCAGUCCUGCCGGCAUCCCUGCGGCCGACCUGGACCAGAUUCUGGUUCACCUGCCCUCGCUUCAGAAACUCAACGAGGAGCUACUGGCCGACCUGCGCGCGCGUGUCGCUAACUGGAGCCGCCAGCCGCGUAUCGCUGAUGUGAUCGUGCGCAAGGGUCCGUUCCUGAAACUCUACUCGGCCUACAUACACGACUUCCAGGCUCAGAGUCACAUGCUGGACGACUGCCGGAGUCGGUACCCGGGCUUUGACGCGGCUGUGACGAAGUUCGAGGCCAGCCCGCGCUGCCAGAAGCUGUCGGUGAAGCACUACAUGCUGAAGCCGGUGCAGCGGCUGCCGCAGUACCGACUGCUGCUGCAGGACUACCUGAGGCGGCUGGAGGUGGGCUCGGAUGACUACGACAAUACCCUCCGGGCGCUGGAGGUGGUCUGCGAGGUGGCAGAGCACGCCAACAAGAGCAUGAAAGAGGGGGACAACUUCCGUAAGUUGUUACAGCUGCAGGACCGCCUGCGCUACACCGAGAUCGUCAAACCGGGCCGGACCUUCCUCCGCGAGGGGGAGCUGAUGAAACAGUGCCGCAAAGGACCGCAGCCGCGCUUCGUCAUACUGCUGACGGACAGUCUGCUGCUGACGCGCUACUCCGGCUCGGCUACGGCCGCCUCUGGCCCACUAAACCUCGACUACGUGCUACCGCUGACUGGCAUGCACAUCAGCGAACCGGGCGGCGCCACAGACGAGUACCAGAACGAGUUCUCCAUCGUCUCCACGGCUCGCAGCUUCAGCCUGAAAGCUAGCUCGAACAAGGAGCGAGACGAAUGGAUGGACGCCCUGACUGGUGCUAUCGAGAAGAACACACAGAAUCGGUCCACAUUCAACCCGAUCUCGGACAGCGUGCAGGAGGGGCACAAACUCGGCGAAAAGGCUCCUGUGUGGGUGCCCGAUGACCGAGCGAGCAUGUGCCAGCUGUGCACCAUAGAGUUCACCGUCACCAACCGGCGACACCACUGCCGCGCCUGUGGGAAGGUGGUCUGCGGCCCGUGCUCGAUGGGUAAAGCGCCGCUCCUCUACCAGGGCAACUCCCCCGCCCGCGUGUGCGACGUCUGCCUCGAAGUCCUGCAAAAAGAUCCCGAAAGAAGAUAACUGCUUGUUUUCUUCACCGCCACCAGUCUACCUGCUCUCUGCACACUCGGCAGAGCGCGGCAGGGCACCCCACGGAGCUGCACUAGUCACAUCCGGGCCCCACGCCGGUCGACGGCCGAUGCGAUGGAGGCACUACUCCGAGGCACUACUGGGAGGCCUGCGGCGCGGACGACGGAUGCGGCAGUUGGUCAAGACACGGCAGCCUACUCGAGGUGCUUCUCGCCUGGAGGACGCAGGCGAAUCGCGUUAUCCUAGCUGUGCCUCGUCAUGGUGCGAUGAGCCUUAAUAGACUAAUGCAUAUUCUUCCUUUGGUUGUAAUUCAUUUGCUGCUGCCCGCUGGGCUAAGGAGUAACUCUGUGCGCCUACUUUGUGCAGACGCUCGUCCAGUGCCGCCCUUCGUUUGCCGCACAUAUCUUUAUUUAUUCUUUGUUACAAUUCCGUCUUUGGUCAUUUUUUUUUUACCAUGGGGGCACUUGAAAGUUUUGUUUUUAAAUCUGUGGACAUUGAACCUGGAAUCGGUUUUUUGUCGGAUUUCGGUUUUGUUUUUGCACUGUGGAAAUAUCUCGUUCAAUAUUUUUUUAAGAUAGGGCGUGUUAAAACUUUUAGUCUCAUUACUCCUCUGUGCAUUCUAAAGUACUAUAAUGUGCAUCUCAAGUGUUUGGUGCUGUACUGUUAUUAUUUAUGGUUAAUCCAGUGCUGAUUUAUGGUUAAUCCAGUUUUUAUUCGAUUGAAUCGUUGUGUGUAAUGUGCAUGACAUCCGCGUACCGCCUGUAGCAGUGUUAUAUAUUUUCAUUUAUGCUGGAAAAUAAUAACUUUCUUGUUCA